UAAAAGGCAGAGGCGAGGGAUCUCCUCCUUCGUGAUAGAUCUCUCGAGUCGCGCCGGCUGGAGGAGCCGAUGGAUCCAAGGCCUCUAGCUGUGCUGUUUCUGGUCCUGUGGCUUUGCAUUUGCAGCAAUGCAGAUUCCUCCCAGGACAUGCAAGAUGUGCUGAGCAGAUACAGCUUUCCAAAGGGAUUUGUGUUUGGCGCUGCAUCAGCUUCUUAUCAGGUUGAAGGCGCAACCAAGGAAGAUGGAAGGAAGCCCAGCAACUGGGACGUUUUUUCACAGAUCCCUGGCAAGAUCGCAGAUGGCAGCACAGCAGAUCCCGCGAUUGAUCAGUAUCAUCGCUACAAGGAGGACUUCUCGAUACUGGAUCGCCUUGGCGCGGAUGCGUACAGGCUGUCGAUUGAUUGGCCUCGCAUGUUUCCCGAUGGCACUGGCAGUGUUAAUCCAAAGGCAAUCAGUCAUUACAACGAUGUCAUCGAUACACUCCUUGCCAAAGGCUUGAAGCCAUACGUGACGCUCUUCCACUGGGACCUCCCCUAUGCUCUGGAGAAAUCCUAUGGAGGAUUCUUGAGCUCCAAGAUCGUGGACGACUUUGGAGUUUUCGUGGAGGCUUGCUUCAAAGCAUUCGGGGACAGAGUGAAGAACUGGAUCACGCUCAACGAGCCCCACAUCUUCGCAGUCAUUGGCUACAACAUUGGCGUGUUUGCGCCGGGAAGAUGCUCGCCCGAGAUCGGAAACUGCACGGGAGGAGACUCGUCCAUGGAGCCAUACGUCGUAGGCCACCAUUUACUCCUCGCCCAUGCGAAAGCGAUCGAGAUCUACACCAAAAGAUACAAGGCUAGUCAGAAAGGGGUGAUUGGUAUCACGCUUGACACAUUGUGGUACGAACCUGUUUCAAACUCCAAGCAAGACAAAGCUGCCGCCGAAAGAGCUCAGCAGUUCAAUCUCGGAUGGAUGCUUCAUCCCGUCACGUAUGGGGAGUAUCCACCAGCGUUGGUCGCAAACGUUGGAAGCAGGCUGCCAAAAUUCACAGCCGAGGAGAAGAAAUGGCUCCAAGGCACCUCUGAUUUCAUUGGCAUCAAUCACUACUUCAGCCUCUACGUGAAAGACAAUCCAAACCGUACCUUUGUCCAGGGAAACCUCCUCAAUCAGCGCCAAGCCAUCUACCACCCGGCUUACUACAAGGACGUCGACUUUGCGUUCCUAGACAAGAAGAAGGGCGUGUUGAUCGGGAGGAAUAUCAAUGGCUUCUACGUCGUACCGUACGGGAUCAGGAGGCUGAUGAAUUACAUCAAGGAUAAGUACCGCAAUCCAAUAAUCUAUAUCACUGAAAAUGGGAUCAGUGAUACUACCAACAGUUCCAGUCCGUUGGCUCAACAGCUGGAUGAUCAGCCCAGGAUUAACUAUUACAAGACGUACCUGUCAAAUCUUGCAGCAUCAAUAAGAGAUGGCUGUAGAGUCCAAGCUUACUUCCUGUGGAGUUUUCUGGACAGCUGGGAAUGGGGCUCGGGUUAUAAUGUGCGCUUUGGGAUCAUCCAUGUUGAGCUAGAUAACAGCCUGAAGCGGAUCCCAAAGAAAUCAGCAAAGUGGUACGCAAAGUUUCUGAAAAAGAAGCACUGAGGAGGCAGCUGACAAGAUGCAAAAUAAUUCACGAUUUCAUGAACAAUAAGUCCCUCCACAAAAUAAUUCUUAACAACCGUAGUAUUGGCGUAUAGGUAAGCUCAGAGCUACAAUCCACCAUUGUGUACUGCAAAGCCAAAGUUUAAGUCCAGGAGGAAUGAUAUUCGUCAGCACAUUGGUGCUUUUGCUCUU